CCCAGACCCGCCAAAGCAGUAAGAUGGGAUCGAUGGGAAGCAGCAGCUGCAAUUAUCUGCAAUAUUAUUUCAGUACCGUAAACAACGUCUUCCUCCACCUUCUUCUCUGCUCCUCCUUAAUUAUCACCUUCAAUGUUACUAGUGCCAGCAGCAGCUCCCACCAACUCACCUUGUCAACCCUACAACGUGAUGCCGCAGCAGUUGAUGAUGAUGAUGUUGUAUGUGAAAACAAGGAUUGUGGGCAGGGAACAUGUUUUGCUACAAAUACUUCAGUUCUGGGCUUUGACUGUGAUUGCCAUCACGGUUGGAAGAAGAUGCAAUUGGGCCCCUUAACCUUCCCCUCUUGCGUCAUUCCCAACUGCACGCUGGAUUUCCAGUGCGGCAACGGAGCUCCGCCGCCGCCCCCACCUCCGCCGCCACCGCUAAAUCUGACAAGCCCCUGCAACUUUGUGUGGUGUGGCGAUGGGAACUGCAUCGUGAAUGGAACUGGACACUAUUGCCAAUGUAACGAUGGCUCCGCGAACUUGUUCAAUAUGACGUCGACGGCUUGCUUCAAACAAUGUUCCUUCGGACUGGACUGCAACAGCUUGGGCUUAGGGUCGGAUCCCCCCCCGCCACCCACUAAUUCAGCUUCUCCAACAAAACAUGAUGACGCAGCAAAUAGCUCAAAGAAUCUUCGGGCACUGGCUGUGCUGGCGUUAUCGGCUUCCUUCCUAACAUGGAUUUAGAGGGCACGUGGAUGGGAAUGGGUGACGUUCUUCCAGGCGCAGGCCGUGCUGUUUCUGCAAUUAUCUGAAACAUGGGUUCCUAUGUGAUAUAUAAAAUAAGUGUAGUUUUAUAUGCCUAUUAUUAUUAAUCUUUUGUCUGGUGUUUUUAGGAAAUGAUUCUUCCUUUACAGUGUGGUCUGGGAGAUGAUUCACUUUUACUCGUAACCUUUAUUCUUAAUUUAUAAAAAAUAGAGACAUU